CCCGCUUUAAGACUGUUGCCACUAUCCUCAUAUCUUGUUAAUGAGUCUUACAGAGAGCCACACGAUCCCUUCCUGUUCUUGAUUCUCAAUGAACCCAACACAGACCCUUUACUCUCCCGGCGGGAACUCUCCGGCGACACACCCAUCUUCACUCUUCCCUCAAAUCAACAGAUGCCGAACUAUAAGAGACCUCUCUCAAAUCCAUGCCGCAUUCAUCAAAUCGGGUCAGAUGCGAGACACUCUCGCCGCCGCAGAGAUACUCCGAUUCUGUGCUACCUCCGAUCUCCAUCACCGUGACCUCGAAUACGCACAUAAGAUCUUUAAUCAGAUGCCUCAACGAAAUUGCUUCUCUUGGAAUACUAUAAUCAGAGGUUUCAGUGAGAGCGAUGGAGAAGACAAAGCUGUAAUCGCAAUCGCAUUGUUCUGUGAGAUGAUGAGCGACGAGUUCGUUGAACCGAACCGGUUCACGUUUCCUUCUGUGCUUAAGGCUUGUGCGAAAACAGGGAAGAUUCUACAAGGUAAGCAGAUUCAUGGGUUGGCUUUGAAGCUUGGGUUGAGCUGUGAUGAGUUUGUCAUGAGUAAUCUCGUUAGGAUGUAUGUGAUCUGUGGUUUGAUGAAAGAUGCUUGUGUGUUGUUUUAUAAGAACAUUAUAGAGAAAGAUAUGGUGGUGAUGGCUGAUAGAAGAAAGAGAGAUGGUGAGGUUGUGUUAUGGAAUGUUAUGAUUGAUGGUUAUAUGAGACUUGGUGAUUGUAAAGCUGCACGGAUGCUGUUCGACAAAAUGCGUCAGAGAAGCGUUGUUUCUUGGAACACGAUGAUAUCAGGUUAUUCGCAGAACGGGUUUUUUAAAGAUGCUGUUGAGGUUUUCUGUGAGAUGAAGAAAGGAGAUGAUUUUGAUAUCCGUCCGAAUUAUGUUACUUUGGUUAGUGUUCUUCCUGCGAUUUCACGGCUCGGGUCGUUAGAGUUAGGAGAAUGGUUGCAUUGUUAUGCGGUGAAUAAUGGUAUCAGGAUUGAUGAUGUGCUUGGCUCUGCUUUGAUUGAUAUGUACUCGAAAUGUGGGAUCAUUGAGAAAGCGGUUAAGGUGUUUGAGAGAGUACCUCGAGAGAAUGUGAUUACUUGGAGUGCGAUGAUAAACGGGUUUGCUAUACAUGGACAGGCAGGUGAUGCUAUUGAGUGUUUUUGUAAAAUGAGGCGGGCUGGACUUCAGCCUAGUGAUGUUGUUUACAUCAAUCUCUUGACUGCUUGUAGCCAUGCUGGGUUAAUAGAAGAAGGAAGGAAGUAUUUUAGUGAAAUGGUGAGUGUGGAUGGGUUAGAGCCUAGGAUUGAGCACUAC